AUGAAGGAGCACAUAGGUGAGCAAUCUUUUAGGUUGAAGAACGAAAACGCGUUGAAGUUCAGAAAAACUAUUUUCAAGUGUACACAGUGUGAUAAGGUUUUUAAAAGAAAAUCUCAAUUUACUGUUCAUAUGAUGAUACAUACUGGAGAAAAGCCAUACAUAUGUGAUGUUUGUGGCAUAGGGUUUAGAGUGUCAGGUUCACUGAAAAAACACCAAUACGUUCACAGUGGUUCUAAACCACUUAAAUGCCGACAUUGUGGAAAAUGUUUUGCAUAUAAUUCUUCUUUAUUUCGUCACAUGCUUCUCCAUAAUGAUGAAAAACCUUAUGUUUGUAAGACUUGUGGUAAAGGAUUCCGAGCUUCCUCUUAUUUAAAAUCGCAUCAACCCUUUGUACAUUCGAAAUUCCAUUUAGGUAUUGCUCCCUUCACCUGUGAAAUUUGUGACGAAACCUUCCAACUUGCAGUUUCAUUAAAAAAACAUUAUCUUUGUCAUGGUACCUACAAACGCUUUAAAUGUAAAUAUUGUGAUAGAGGAUUUAAUUUGUCUUCUCGUCUUAAAAGGCAUUUACUAACGCAUGAGAACGCCAGAAAUUAUAUGUGUGAUACUUGUGGAGGUAAAUUUAAUACUCCUGGUUAUUUAAGGGAACAUAUGAAAAUCCAUGGAAGCUCUGAAAGAAAUUACCAAUGUUCUUAUUGUGAUAAAGCAUUUGUUUCUUCUAAGACAUUACACAAACAUUCCAAAGUACAUACGGGGAUUAAAAAGUUCAUUUGUCAAUAUGCAUCUUGUGGCAAAGCUUUUUUACACAACUCCGAUUUGAAUCGUCAUGAAAUGAUUCAUGAAAAACGUAAGACCUUUAAUUCUUUAAAAUGUGGUUAUUGUGUUGCUGUAUACAGUAAUGAAACUGAUCUAAAAAAGCAUUUAAAAUUACAUAAAAGUAGUAAAUGGUCAUGCGAUAUUUGUAACCGAGUAUUUGAAAAACAAAACAAGUUGAUAUCACAUGCUUCAGUACAUACUCGAGAAAAACCUCAUAAAUGUAACCUUUGCACCGCAGCUUUUACUCAGAAGGGAACGUUGCAAAGACACAUGAGGGAGCGCCAUUCUCCAAAAAUUAUACUUUAG